GUUCCAUGGAUCGACUGGGACGAAUGGUUGAAUGUAGCAGAGAAUGUCUUCUCAGACGACAAGGAACGUGCUCGAGUUGCGGUUGAGAGGAUACGGACAUGGCAGAGCAGGGGAAAGGUCCCACACUCAGCUGAGGCUACAGCAGCUCUGGUGGAGAUCAACUGCAGCAGCGACCAACACAGUGUCUACGAACUUCGUCUGAUGUACUCGAUGAGUAUCAUACGGUUCGUCAACGGUAUCGUCGACUCUGUUCAGCAAAGGAAGUUUGCUUCUCCCAUCUCCGACCUUGCUGAACAUGCGGCCGUACCGCGAAUCCUUGUGGAUGUGAGAAGCUUGUUCCCUGCUCCUCUUCGGACUCACCUGGCCUCAGAUUCGACAUGCUGCCUCGCAUAA